AUGGGCGUUAUCGACGAUGCUAUAGGCGGUUACACCUUUUUUGCUGUACCCACCUCGCCCCCAUCCUGGCAGCGAGGCCGCUAUCGUACGGAUCCCGAUUCCCGACGGCAUGGGCGGGGGUUCCUCGAAGAUUUACCGGUGUACCUCUCUCUCCUCUCUGCCAACCUCGCCCUAACCGAGUCGUCUGAUCUUUCCAAUGUCCCGGUGUCCAUCACAUUUCAUCCGGUCUUUGAGUUACACAUCAUGCCCCUCCCAAUUCGGCCAGGCAAUGCGUUGCCCGCAGCACGCUCGACUCGGGAAGCGAGCCGUUUGGGCGGGUGGAUUUCUAAAUGAGAAGCAGCUCCCACCCACAAUCAAGAGAAGGCCCAUCCCGUGGCCACAUUCUUCCGUUUUGGAGCCGCCGUGAGCGUGCCGAGCAGCUGUCCCCUACAUGCGCUAACAUUAGCCUUACCGCUUUUAUCUGAUCUCCCCGCCGUCACAAAAUUUCCGAAGCACGGCGACGGUGGACGGCCCUCUCCGGGGAGUCAGAUCUCAACGUCGGCGGCCGUCUCAGGAUGAGAGGGGAUUCCGGGUCGCUGAGGAAGGAACCUAGAAGCAUCCGACCACCUACACCAACCUUGGAAGCUCGGAACAAAAAUCAGGUCGGAUUGCUGAGGGUGGUUGAACCACCCCACCACUCCCAGUAUGGCACUUCACCAGAGCUCCGGAGCACGCAGGAGCGAAUCACAAAAAUCGACCAAUGAAAGCUGCAGACGGUGUCUCAGUCGAUUGGAAGCUGGUUACACAGCACGAACAUCUUCCAUCGGUUUGAGCACACAAAUCUCGUCAUCCCAACUCACGCGCAUAUGUGCGGCAGGAGUUCGCCCAACAAUCUGAUUGCUUUGCCCCAAUAGAGGCAGGUACAGGUCGGUAAACCGUGUGCUGCGAACUGUCAUUUGGACGGCAGAUCGCCCCUCCACGGCGCGCACAAAUUGCGGCCGUGGCAUGCGGUUCCGUCAUGGUGGUGCUCCCCCUGGCACCCCAGUGGCUCCUUAGCAUUUUCCACGCCGGUGCUGUUUUUUACAGGAUGUCCUGGCAGAGAAAAAGGCACAGACCUCGAGAUUGAAAGCACGCACAACGGUGCGCGUCCGGCGCAAUGAACACCUAUGGAAGCAUCAUGUGGAAGGGGAGGCAUUAUCCUCUACAGCAUGGAUUUCUAGCGCGGAUAUCUGGGGGUGGGUGGGCGCGAAGUCAAGAUAAAGUACGUGUAAGUCAUCAACCCCUAAACUUUAAUUGAUUUCCUUGUUGGGUCUGGUGCGACAUGCCCGUGGGCCAGCCAAAAAGGGUAACAUCGUGCAGGACGUCGAUCCCCAAGACGCAAGCUGGGGCCACCCG